AUGCGGACUCAGCAGCGAAAGCCGGCAACUGCAGGAGAUCGAAACCCGCAUCUUGAGAGCGGCAUUGAAGACCAAACAAGGCCAUGCAUUUUCUAUGCUGACCAAAUGCGUGUUCAAAGAACAGUGUUGUCAACGAUUGGUUGUGAACGUUCUCUGGAGGAGAAUCGUGGGCAGAUUAGAGGCUUGUCCAAGGGACAAAGACAGGCUCCUACAUUAGCAGUUGACUUCAUGUCUAAAGUGGAAAAACCCCUACGGGAACGCAAACCUCUAUUGUACUGCCGAUACAUAGAUGAUUGUUGCAUCAUAUGUCCAACACAAGCUGAAAUGGACACUUGGUUCGAUCUCUUAAACAAUCCCGACAUGGAGUGCGGUGGUGACCUUACAGUUCAUGUAAGAAAACGAAUAAUUGAAACCCAUAACGAGCAUCGUAGGAAAGCCGAAAAGGGAGAAGUAGAGGGCAGCAAAGGGAAGUUGCCUGCAGCUAUGAAAUUACCUGACUUGGAAUAUGACUGCGGAUUGGAGCAGGAGGCUAGGAGGAGAUGCAAAGAUUUCAUAGACGUCAAUUUCCUUUAUGGAUUGGGAGCCAACGAUGACGUUGUCGUUCGAAGGGGCUGUAACCCACCCCCGCAACCUAUCAGAGACUUCCUUACAUCGUUCAAUAGAUGGUGGGAACAAUCGAAAUACAUUGAGCCGUCAGAAAAUAAUACAGUACUCCUCAAGCAUAUAUACAACGGCCAACCUUUCGCACAGAUCGUGUCUUCCAAAGUUACGAAGGUUGGUUGCCAACUCUAUAAGAAAGGGCGAUUGGUUUCAGUCCUGUGCUUAUAUAACAGUCGUGUGUUCCCAGGCGAUCGCAUUUAUGAGAAUGCCAACAAGACAUCAACGGCAUAA